AUGAAUCAUACGCCACAUUCCGUCGAUCCUACUCCGUCGUCUCCGUUGUCGCUCUCGCAGACAGCGCCUUCCCCUCCUAUGGUGCUCGAUGCUCCCUCGCAGAACUCCAGCCUGACCGAGAUCAGCGACCAGCUGGCCUACCUCACCCUACAAAGCGCCGAGACCGCCGAGGAGGCUAAGUAUACGGGCACGCCACUUAACCGUGCACUCUUCGCCUUGCGUCUAGCGCACCGUAUUGCAGAGGAAACGUCGCCGGCCGCUCGACGCCAUCGCGAAUGGCGUCAGAUACGCGUGCGGCGCUUCGCGCAAGAAAUGCCCUCCUAUCUACCCUCCGAAGACGCGGAUGAGAUAUUCUGCAACAAUGAGGACUACUGUAAAGAGCUUGAACGAGUACAAGAUCGCCUCGCGGGUCUCAUCGGCAUGCAUUUAUCGGAAACUGGCUUAUGCGAACUGAAUGUGGGGAUGGGCGAUAUAACGGGUGACUUGAAGAUAUGCCUGAUGAAUGUGCAACACAGAGAUUGGACGAGGUGCCGGUUGCAUGGGAUGGGCUGGAUUGCCAAAAAUAUAGAAGAAACGAACCUUCUCGUGUCCAUUCCGCAGCUGGAUUCGGACGAGAAGAUUCCGGCGUACGAUUUCAAGCUCUCAUUAAGAUGGUGA